AUGACGGCAACCUCGACCAGCGCGGCCGCCGCCGCGGCGUCCCGGCGCAAGAUUCGUCGCCGACGUGCCGACAAGCCUGCCAUAACCUCGCGCCUCAUUCUCGACGACCACAUCAAGAGCGAUGUCGGUAUCCUCUCCGCAGACCUCUUCGCAGACCUUUUUCCCCAUUUCGGCGAGACCACCGACGACGACAACGCCUCCGACAUCCACCACAUCGCCAUCGCGCCUUGGACGCCAAAUGCCUCUCCUACCGGUAGCGCCUGGUGUAUUGUGCCUGUAUCUCGCUCCUCCACGCUUGCGCAUUCGACAAUUCACUUCUCGCCCUCAUCUACCGCCCUCCAGAGCUUCGCCGUCACCCUGCAGAAGAUUGCGCCCUCCAAGCUUACCAGUCAUAGCCGGAGCGGCAUCGAGAUUCUCGUUCUUGAUGUUGCUGCUGUUCCUCUCGAGACUGUAUUUGUGAGCCUGGAGAGCGAGCUCACAAAGCGCCUUGAAAAUGGCGAGGGCACUUUCUUCAGAGAGCAUCCCACUCACCAAGUUGCCCGAGGCAGCCUACCCCAAGACCGUCUCAUGACCGCGCUGCGAGCCGCUCUCGGCACGCUCACGGUUGUACAUGCGGGCGAUCUAUUCCCAUUGCCACUACCACCACAUCCGGUCACGCACCUGCCGCCCAAUCCCGGCAAGAUUAUGCUCUGCGAGCCGGUCGCGCAAGGCGUUCUCACUCCAAACACCAAGAUUGUGCUCAUGCGCGGGAGAGUUCACCGUAGACAAGAACGCAGCAGCUCAUCCUUGAGCCAGCUGAAUGGCAAUGUCGAUCAUGGGGAGGACACCAGCGCCGACCAAUUCUUCUCUGCCGCGGAAGAGCGUUACAAGACUGAUGCGCGCCCGGAUGAGACUGAAACCGAAACCGCGACGGAGACAGAGACCGACUUCUCCGGCGCCGAGCAGGAAGAUGAGCUCUCCGACGACUCCAUGGAUGACAUGAUAUCCCUCGAAGCUCCCGAGCUGCACGCGACAAACAUCAAUGGGCCCGGCACUAUGGGCCCUGGCACUCCCAUGACUGUCGCCACCCUCCGCGGCCGCAAGACGAGCGGCAUGCAGACUCCGGGCUCUGUAUUUUCCAACUUUACUGCUACGACGGCACGAGCCGACCGACCCCGCGGCCGUCUGUUCAAGGCAUACGGACUGCAGCGACCGAUCCCUUCCGAAAUCUUACACCCCAAACCAGCCGCCCAGGACGAUGAGGAGGCCAGAAUAUAUGUCGACAUGUCAUCGCUAUCCAAAAUUGGAUGCUUUUCUGGUGACUGGGCUCGCAUCGAGGUUGCCGAGGAACCACCAACCAACGGCUUUGGCGCGUUUGGGCUGGGCAGUUUUGGGAACAACGACUCGGAGACGGGUAUCUGGCGUCCAGUCCGAGUAUUCGGACUUCCUGAGGGCUACUCGGCGCCACGUACUGUCAGUAGGAUAGCCGGCUCGCGUGGCAGUGAGCGACGUAUGUCCUUCUUCGAAUCUCAGGUGCAGCGCCCUACUAGCCCUGCAGCGUACGCAUCGCCCGUCCUACUCGCCAACCUCGAAAACGCCACCCAUUUGCGGAUCUCGGCCCUGAAGAAGUCAUCCUACCAAGGCAAGGGAACGAAUCCACGAUUUGCCAGCGCAGCGCAUCCGCCUUAUGCGCGUGACAUUACCAUCCAACAUGUACGAACUCCAGUGUCUGCUGAGCGAGCCUACCAGACGGCUGUCCUUGGUGGGCUGAAGCACUACUUUGCCGACAAGCUGCGACUGGUGCGUUCUGGUGACUUGAUAGCCGUGUCUGUCGACUCUCAACUCGGUCGCGCCUUGCAAGAAGCUGUUGGCGCAGGUGGCUCUGAGGUAGACGAUGUCAUGGCACUCAGUGGUAGUGGCCAAGCCGAUGACUCCCACUACGAUGGUGUCGCAUGGUUCAAGGUUGGCCACAUUCAGAUUCAAAAAUCCGACGAAGACGAGGACGGAACUGCUGAAGGUUUCUGGGGCUCUGUAGCGUGCAUUGAUAGCUCGACCGUAGCCAUGCACGGCUCGGGAUUCGUGACGAGCCGGAUCCCUGGCACCAGCCACAGCACCUGGCCGUAUUAUCUCGGUCUUCGAAAGGCCGCCAAGUCAGAAAGUGAUUCCGCGGCACCGCCUUCUCUAUUCGUCACCCAAAACGAACACAUUUCACCUCUCCGCAGACAACUACGGGAAUUGCUGGUGGCAGCCACCAGCAAGCGUGCAAUCCACCUUAAGAUGCCGCCAGUGGCUAUUCUGCUCACAUCUACACACCGCAAUAUUGGCAAAACGACACUGGCUACGACAUCGUGCUCAGAUAUCGGCCUCCACGCCUACGAGAUCGACGCCUACGAUAUUCUCAACGAAGGGGGUGGGAGUGGCGGUGACGUCAAGACGGAAGGCUUCCUGCGAACCCGCGCCGAGCGCGCUGCCAGUUGCGGUGCGGACUGCUGCGCCCUACUCAUCCGCCACAUUGAAGCGCUCACUGCAGAUCGUAUUGAGGCAACCUUGAAGGAGAUUCUUGACGACACACGCGUUCUCAUUGCCACCACGAACAAGAUCGACGACGUCCCAGAUGGUGUGCGGGCUCUCUUCACCCACGAGCUCGAAAUGGGUGCGCCCGAUGAAGCGGAACGUGAAGCCAUUCUGCGUGGCGUGAUUUGCGACCGCGGCAUCACCCUGGAUCCCGGUAUCGACCUAAAUUCGAUCGCGCUCAAGACGGCCGCGCUCGUUGCCGGCGACCUUGUCGACGUCGUGGAGCGCGCCUCCCUCGCCCAGCGUGCGCGCCUGGAAGCGCUCUCGACCAAGACGAGCGGCACCGGCCUGCCCGUCACGGUGCGGGACGUGCAGGUCGCGGGCGGCCCGCUGGCGCGCUCGCUGACGGGCGCCGACUUUGACGCCGCCGUGGAAGCCGCGCGCAAGAACUUCUCCGACGCGAUCGGCGCGCCCAAGAUCCCCAACGUGACGUGGGACGACGUCGGCGGCCUGGGCAACGUCAAGGACGCCAUCACGGAGACGAUCCAGCUGCCGCUGGAGCGGCCGGAGCUGUUCGCGCGCGGCAUGAAGAAGCGGUCCGGCAUCCUCUUCUACGGCCCGCCCGGCACGGGCAAGACGCUGCUGGCCAAGGCCAUCGCCACCGAGUACAGCCUCAACUUCUUCUCCGUCAAGGGGCCCGAGCUGCUCAACAUGUACAUUGGCGAGUCCGAGGCCAACGUGCGCCGCGUGUUUCAGCGCGCGCGCGACGCCCGCCCCUGCGUCGUCUUCUUCGACGAGCUCGACUCGGUCGCCCCCAAGCGCGGCAACCAGGGCGACAGCGGCGGCGUCAUGGACCGCAUCGUCUCGCAGCUGCUCGCAGAGCUGGACGGCAUGUCCGGCGGCGGCGACGACUCGGGUGGGGUGUUCGUGAUCGGCGCCACGAACCGCCCGGACCUGCUGGACCAGGCGCUCCUGCGUCCCGGCCGCUUCGACAAGAUGCUGUACCUCGGCGUGUCCGACACGCACGACAAGCAGCGGACCAUUCUCGAGGCCCUCACCAGAAAAUUCACCUUGCACCCGUCCGUCUCGCUCGCCACCGUCGCGCAGCAGCUCCCCUUCACCUACACCGGCGCCGACUUUUACGCUCUCUGCAGCGACGCCAUGCUCAAGGCCGUCACGCGCGCCGCCUCUGCCGUCGACGCCAAGGUGCGCGCCGUCAACGCCGACCCCGCCCGCAAGCACCCAAUCUCCACGGCGUACUUCUUCGACCACCUGGCCACGCCCGAGGACGUCGCCGUCACCGUCACGGAGCGCGACUUCCUGGACGCCCACGACGAGCUCAUCCCCAGCGUGUCGGCCGGCGAGCUGGCCCACUACGAAAAGGUGCGCGCCAUGUUCGAGGGUGGCCGGCAGCAGGGGCAGAGGCCGGCGUCCGGGGGGGGGAGCCGUCCGGGGACGGCGGGGUCGCUCAACAAGGGCAAGGGCAGGGCGGUGGUGGAGAAUGGCACCGGUGGUGGGUUGAAUGGUAGGGUGGUGAGCAAGGGCAAGGGCAAGGCGGUGGCGGGAUUCCAGGAUGGCACGGCGAGUGACGACGAUGAUUUGUAUUAG